AUGAAAAUCUGGAAAAUGGAGAAAUAUGAGAUUGACAUUAACGAGUGCAGUGAUGGUACUAAUACAUGCUAUGAAGGUAGCACCUGUAUUAACACUGAUGGUGGGUAUAUAUGUACUUGUCCUGGAGGAGUAACUGGUCCUUAUUGUGAUAUUGAUAUCAACGAGUGUGCUGAAGGUGAUCAUGGCUGUACUCAAGGCUCUACCUGUUUAAAUAUAUUCGGUGGUUUCGUGUGUUUGUGUCCAACUGGUUUCAAUGGCUCCCAAUGCAACGAGGACAUCAACGAGUGUCUCUCCCUCCCCCUCCCUUGCACUGGUACCGGUAAUUGUACUAAUACUAUCGGUAACUACACCUGCUCCUGUAAUCCUGGCUUUACAGGCACUAGAUGUGAAAGUGAUCUCAACGAAUGUGACACUACAGUCCCUAUAUGUAACACUGGUACUUGUAUGAAUAUACAUGGUAGCUACUCUUGUAUGUGCUCACCAGGUACUACUGGAGAUCAUUGUCAAACUGAUAUUGAUGAAUGUGCUGAGACUAAUACAACUAUUUGUAAUAAUGGAACGUGUCAGAAUGAGUUUGGUGGUUACACUUGUAAUUGUUUCAGAGGUUAUACUGGAGUGGAUUGUCUCAUUGUGGAGCCUAUUGAUGAUGAUGAAGGCACCUCUCGUCUUUCUAUUAUAAUAUUAGCUGUUGUUGUUUUUGUGUUGUUGUUGUUUCUUGUUGUUGUUGUUGUUGUCGUUGGUCUGAGGAUUGUAAGGAGGAAGAGUAGGAGAAAAGGGGUUUAUUCACCAGCUGCUGUAGAGAGGGAGUCUGAAGGAACAGUUGGCCCACGUACUGAGAAAGAAAGACUAUUAUAACUUACACUAUUUAUUAAUUAUUUUGUCAUUUUCUUCUUAAUACAGCAUAAUUGUCACUUAUAAUUUA